AUGCUCUCAGACCAACUCUGGAAAAAUCAACAGCACAGCAGCUACGAAGAAGCGAGGAGGAAGAAAAAAUUUCGAGACGAGGCAAAGAACCGAACAAGAAGAAAAAACUUGCAACACACACAGGCCGGAUGCCUGUUCCGUUCCAAGAUCGAGGUCAGGAUAGGAAAGGACCGGAGCAACUCGAACCAAACAAAAUUUCGAAUCUGCCCUGCGGAAGAGCGCCAAGCUGCUGGCAUCUCUCUCUCACCUCGCUCUCUCUUCAACAUCGACCGACCUGGCAGACUGGUCGCGCUGGCUUGUCCCUUGUAG